UCUCUGAUGGUGAGCAUUCAGUAGCCGUCAGCAUGUCUUGCACAUAUCUCCUCUUGGCCGGGCUUCUGCUGGCAUACACUGUAACAGCCUCACAAUAUUAUGGAGGAUCAAUGAGCUUCAACCCAAGACUGAACUCUAAUGGUUCAUUUGAGGUGGAACUUCGCUACAAGACGGCCUACAAUGACUGUUCCCAAUAUAAUUACUGGUCCUGCAUGUCUGGAGACUGUGGAAAUGAGGUCAGUAAAGUGAUUGGUAAAGUAGAUUCGAGUUCCAAUGGAAACAACUGGUGUCAGUCUGAGGGAGUCAUAACAACGGCUUUAUCCACCAACAGCCCAUUUGAGUUAGCGACAAUGGGUUGCUGUUGGAUUAACGACAGAGCCGCAUACACUGGAGACUGGAGUCUUUUUUCCUACAUUGACCUUGGAGUGAGAUCCGACACUUUAGUGCCUAACAGAUCCCCAAUCUCCACCACCCUACCAUUUCUUAAAGUUCCUCAAAACUGUCCCAGGAGGUACAACCUUUUAGCCUUUGAUCCAGAGGAUGACCAGGUCAGAUGCAGAUUUGGACAAAACAAUGAGUGUAAAACCUGCAACCAACCUGAUGGUUUCACAUUGAAUCAGAAUAACUGCUCUCUGUCACAUGGACAAACCCUGGUCCUUGGAGUUUAUUCAUUUGAGCUGGUACUGGAGGAUUUCCCCAUUCGCAAGAUUACUCUGUCCUACACCGAUCAAACGUCAGUAGAAAGAUUUCCAAUCAGUUUAAUCAGAAACAGACGCAAUGCUUUUGCCAAAACAACGCCUAAAACAACAACCACAACAAAGUGCAAAACAACAAGCACAACAACACGUACAACAACACCACGAAAGCGACACAUUACAACACCUACAACAACAAGUACAAAAACACCCACAACUACAACAUACACUACAAUAUCUAAAACAACACCUACAACCACACCCAAAACAAUUACUACAACAGCACUUCCAAUAAGGUCCAAUACAACAACAGCACCCACUACAAUAACUACAACAACACCUAUGACAUCAACAACAACAACACCCGAACCCACAACAACAACCACAAUAAUUCCUACAACAACCCCCACAACAACACCCGAACCCACAACAACAACCACAAUAAUUCCUACAACAACCCCCACAACAACACCCGAACCCACAACAACAACCACAAUAAUUCCUACAACAACACCCACAACAACACCCGAACCCACAACAACAACCACAAUAAUUUCUACAACAACACCCACAACAACACCUGAGCCCACAACAACCACAAUAAUUCCUACAACAACACCCGAACCCACAACAACCCCCACAACACCCGAACCCACAACGACAACCACAAUAAUUCCUACAACAACCCCCACAACAACACCCGAACCCACAACAACAACCACAAUAAUUCCUACAACAACCCCCACAACAACACCCGAACCCACAACAACAACCACAAUAAUUCCUACAACAACACCCACAACAACACCCGAACCCACAACAACAACCACAACACCCGAACCCACAACAACAACCACAAUAAUUCCUACAACAACACCCACAACAACACCCGAACCCACACCAACCCCCACAACACCCGAACCCACAUCAACCCCCACAACAACAACACCCGAACCCACACCAACCCCCACAAUGAUCCCUACAACAACACCCACCCCUGCACCCACCACAACACCUGAACCCACAACAACACCCGAACCCACACCAACCUCCACAAUUAUUCCUACAACACCCACCCCUGCACCCACAACAACACCAGAACCCACAACAACACCCGACCCCACAACAACACCAGAACCCACAACAACACCCGAACCCACAACAACAACCACAAUAAGUCCUACAACAACACUUACCACAACACCCGAACCCACAACAACACCAGAACCCACAACAACACCCGACCCCACAACACCAGAACCCACAACAACACCCGACCCCACAACAACAACCACAAUAAUUCCUACAACACCCACCACAACACCCGAACCCACACCAACCCCUACAAUAAUUCCUACAACAACACCCACCCCUGCACCCACAACAACACCCGAACCCACAACAACACCCGAACCCACAACAACACCCGACCCCACAACAACACCAGAACCCACACCAACCCCCACAAUAAUUCCUACAACACCCACCCCUGCACCCACAACAACACCCGACCCCACAACAACACCAGAACCCACAACAACACCCGACCCCACAACAACACCCGAACCCACAACAACACCAGAACCCACAACAACACCAGAACCCACAACAACACCAGAACCCACAACAACACCAGAACCCACACCAACCCCACAAUAAUUCCUACAACACCCACCCCUGCACCCACAACAACACCAGAACCCACAACAACACCCAGAACCCACAACAACACCCGAACCCACAACAACACCAGAACCCACAACAACACCAGAACCCACAACAACACCAGAACCCACAACAACACCCGAACCCACAACAACACCUGAACCCACAACAACACCCGAACCCACAACAACACCAGAACCCACAACAACACCCGAACCCACAACAACACCAGAACCCACAACAACACCAGAACCCACAACAACACCCGAACCCACAACAACACCAGAACCCACAACAACACCAGAACCCACAACAACACCAGAACCCACAACAACACCCGAACCCACAACAACACCAGAACCCACACCAACCCCCACAAUAAUUCCUACAACACCCACCCCUGCACCCACAACAACACCCGACCCCACAACAACACCAGAACCCACAACAACACCCGAACCCACAACAACACCCGAACCCACAACAACACCAGAACCCACAACAACACCAGAACCCACAACAACACCUGAACCCACAACAACACCCGAACCCACACCAACCCCCACAAUUAUUCCUACAACACCCACCCCUUCACCCACAACAACACCCGAACCCACAACAACACCAGAACCCACAACAACACCCGAACCCACAACAACACCAGAACCCACAACAACACCCGAACCCACAACAACACCCGAACCCACAACAACACCUGAACCCACAACAACACCCGAACCCACAACAACACCAGAACCCACAACAACACCAGAACCCACAACAACACCCGAACCCACAACAACACCAGAACCCACAACAACACCAGAACCCACAACAACACCAGAACCCACAACAACACCCGAACCCACACCAACCCCCACAAUUAUUCCUACAACACCCACCCCUGCACCCACAACAACACCCGACCCCACAACAACACCAGAACCCACAACAACACACGAACCCACAACAACACCAGAACCCACAACAACACCAGAACCCACAACAACACCAGAACCCACAACAACACCCGAACCCACACCAACCCCCACAAUUAUUCCUACAACACCCACCCCUGCACCCACAACAACACCCGAACCCACAACAACACCAGAACCCACACCAACCCCCACAAUAGUUCCUACUACAACACCCACAACAACACCCGAACCCACAACAACACCCGAACCCACACCAACCCCAACAAUAACUCAAACAACUCUUACAACAACACAAACAACUCUUACAGCAGCACCUAUAAUGACUCCUACAACUACCAUGAUAACAUCCCAAGCACCAACUACUUUACCACUGAGCAAAAUUCCUCUUCAAUUUUCUCUUCAAGUUGGCAGUCCAGCACCAUCUUGUGUUGAGGGUGAAUAUCUGCCACAGUUCCUCUACCCAACACCUCUACACGGAGAACUCUUGCAGGCUCGUGUAAAUCAUGGGUUUGAGUUCAGAGUGAAUGCUUCUGCAUCUUUUUCAAGAGUUAUUGAUGUCAUCAUAAGUGGACCAUUAAACAGCACAAAGACCAAAACUACAACUGGAGAAUAUGUGAUUAACUGGACACCAACUCAAGAAAACUAUGGUCAACACUUUCCAUUUUGCUUCAUAGCAGAAGCCCAAUACAUGUCUGAUAUUUACCAGUCUGAGAUGAGGUGCAUUGUUGCAGAGGUCAUUGAACAAGGACCUGUGGUACAUGUAACCUGCUCUGCAAACUCAAUGUCAGUCACAAUAGUGAGAUCUUCUAUCCAAAACCUCAGGGGUGACCAACUGAGACUGAUAGAUCCUUCUUGUCAGCUUUACUCCAACAGUACUGAUGUGUACACCAGCACACCGCUUGAUGGAUGUGGCACUACGUUAGAGGAGACAGACAACGAACUCAUCUUUAAGAAUAAAGUCAUUGCAUUUGAUGAUCCCCAGGGCGUUACAUCCAGAAACAACCUAGAACUUGAAAUUAUGUGCGCGUACCAGAAAAACAACAACAUUAGACAGGAGUUUGGUACUCACAAGUCUCCAAUCAGAAUCUCUGAUAAGGGUUUUGGCACAUCGAACUAUCACUUUGAGUUUUACCCAUCUAACAGUUUCCAAAACAUGACAGAUCCAAGUGCCUACCCACUUGUGUAUGAUGUGGGAGAUAUGAUCUACAUGAAGAUCGAGCCUGACUCUCCAGUCCCAGACACUGAAUUGUUUCUUGAGUCCUGUAUGGCUACACCUUAUGAUACUCCCAAUUACCCGGUCUCCUAUCCCAUCAUCACCAAUGGAUGCAACAUGGAUGAAACAGUUCAGUUUUUCUCAAGUCACCAACCAUAUGUUGAGUUUGAAAUGGCGGCCUUCAAAUUCACUGGGUUUCAAGACCAGGUGUUCAUCAGCUGCUCAAUCAUCGUAUGUCAGGCAGGCGUUCCCAACACUCGCUGCUCUCAGGGCUGCAUCAACGGCACUGUCGCUCCACCUUCACACAACAUCAACAAAAGAGAUGCCCCCAUCCAGACCAGCAAUCACUUCAUCUCCCAGGGACCCAUACGGCUGAGGAGGAGCCCAUCACAGGUCACUGGGAAUCUGGGAUUGAAUGUAAACCUUGCUGUCGUCGCUGGGUGUCUGGUGGCCAUUGCUGCUAUGAUUUGCGCUGUGAUCCUCUACACAUCCAAGACGCCCAGGAUCAGAAAACAAUCCUUGCCAUCACACGACUUUUAAGCGUGUCAGCGUUUUUUUCCAAAGCAUAAUGCAAUGAUUUUACUGCGAAAACACUAUUUCUAAGCUUGUUGGUGAAAAGAAAUAUUUGGUGAGGUUUUCUUGCUUUUGUAAUCAUUCAUUUUCUUUUCGGCUUAUUCCCUUUAUUAAUCUGGGGUCGCCACAGCCUACCCAAUUCACCUGCACCGCAUGUCUUUGGACUGUGGGGGAAACCGGAGUAAACCCACGCGAACGUAGGGAGAACAUGCAAACUCCACACAAACGCCAACUGACCCAGCCGAGGCUCAAACCAGCAACCUUCUUGCUGUGAGGCGACAGCGCUACCUACUGCGACACUGCGUCACCAUCUUUUGUAAUCAUUGUUAUAAUAAUUUUUGAGCUUUAAAAAAGGCCUUAAGAAAUGACGUUAUUAUUUUAAAGAAAUUAAACCUUAACUAUAUAUACUUUAACCCUUAACUUUAAACCUUACUCAUGCAUUUAAAGUUCCGCAGCUAAAAUUAGAUCCAUUUCCAAAUCAGUUCACAAUCAGUUCUCAGAAUCAGAAUGAGCUUUAUUUGCUAGUGCGAACACACAAGGGGUUUGUUGUAGUUUUCAGGAGCUCUGUGUAAAUACCUACAUGCAUACACAUAGACAUGCGAGAAAAGAAGAACAGAAGUAAAGGACAUGCUGUAAAAUAAAAUUGUGCACUAUAUGUAAAAUUGUAAAUGUCUUAUCUAAAUGAAAAGAAGCCUCUUAUUUUAACUUAUAUGUAUGUAAUAUGGGCUAAUUUUACACUUUAUUUAGUAUGAGUAACAUCAUCUGAAAUCUGCUUUGUGGAAUGUGAAUGUGAUUAAUAAAAAUGAUCACACACUGUCUCCAAA